CUACAUGUGUAUUCACAAAACAAUAAUAUCCGUAACCAUUCUUCCGAAUCUUAUUGAAAUUUUAAAAAAUUUAUAAAUAAUGGAUCCAUUUGGCAAUAAUUUAAAAACGACAACAACAACAUCAUCUGGUCGACCAUUUGAUAAAUAUUCAUUCUUUUUGGAUCCAAAAAAUUCUACCCAAAUAAAUGCAACAUUAUCCGAAAAAAUUAUACAACUCGGUGGCAAAAUCGAUAUGUUCAUCAAUAAAAAUACCAGCAUUGUUGUGACCAGUCGACCUAAAAUAGAAAAAACAACGGUGACAGGCUUGGAACAAUGUUCACCAACACCAAAAUUGGCUCUAAAUACUAAUAAUGCAUUUUCCAGAGGAAAAUUAUUGUUGGAAAAGACGACAGCGUCAACAUUUUCUCAAGCAUCUGACCCACUAGAAUUGGCGCGUAUAUUUAACAUUAAAAUAGUACGAACCGGUAGAUUAUUGCAAUUCUGUGAAGAUCAUAUUGAAAAUGUUCGUAAAAUGAAACAAUCCACCAUCAACCAACAGAAUACGACACGUAAAUUAUGUCCACCGUUCAUCAAGAUCAUCGAUAAUUCAAACAAAUAUAGACCGAAUUUCAAAGAAUUGAAUGAAUGGCCCCAGUUGAAUUUCGAAUAUCAGCCCGAAUCAUGUCCAUUUUUCAAAGCGAAACCAUUGAUCAAUGUUAAUUCGUUAAGUCAACAGCCACAUCCUAAUCAAUCACAACAAUCGAACAAAUCAACCGUACCGACCAUUUACAAACAAUUAAAUGAAAAAUGUACAAUGUUGACCACACCAAUAUUGACUGGAACAAAUACAAACACGCCAAACAUUAUAAAUGGCAAAUCCAUUCCGACCAAUACUCUUCCGAAUAAUAAGGUUGUUGAUAAUAAAAAGAGGAGAAAUGUUACUUUUUGUGAAAUUUGCCAUAAAGAUUAUACGGAUUUCGAAUCGCAUCUAAGUUACCAAAAACACGCAGAAUUUUUUAGCGAUAAUGAAAAUUUUAACGAAUUAAUUGGCGUUAUCAAUUCAUUGCCACCAUUUGUGAAAGGACCAUUUGUCAAGAAUCGUACGACAAUUGCUAACGAUUCUGAUAAUAGUUUAGCCGAUUUGACGAACAAACAGAUAUCUUUUAACAAUUCAAUCCCUAUGGAAGAAAGCCCGAAAAUUAUUGCAGCAAAAACACCAUCAUCAUCGAUAACGAAAUUUCAUUCGAUCAAUGCAGCAACAUGGAGUUCAGCAUCAAAAAAUCGAAGUUUUGUUGCUAUACACGAUCUACUUAAUCGACAUCCGAAUGAAAAUGAUGUCAUCCACAACGAAAUUGAUGACAAUCAAAAUGUAGAAAUGUAGAUGAAAAAAAAAUUUGGUCGUAAAUCAUAAAAAAAUAUUUAGUUCA